AUGGGCAUAGAACAUCGACCAAAACCAGAGAACGAAAAUCUAGCUGGGUUUUUGAUUUUCAGUCCCACAAGGGUGCGAAAAUUUCUAAGUCCACUCGUGGAGAUAGAUUUUCAAAGUCCCCCAAAGGUGCGAAUAUUUCUAAGUCCCCCAAAGGUGCGAAGAUUUCUAAGUCCACUCGUGGAGAUAGAUUUUCAAAGUCCCCCAAAGGUGCGAAGAUUUCUAAGUCCACUCGUGGAGAUAGAUUUUCAAAGUCCCCCAAAGGUGCGAAGAUUUCUAAGUCCACACAUGGAGAUAGAUUUUCAAAGUCCCCCAAAGGUGCGAAGAUUUCUAAGUCCACUCGUGGAGAUAGAUUGCCAAGACCCUCGGAAAGCACAGAACAAUGUCUGAAACAAAAAGAAUAGCAUAGA